AUUGAUAUUUUCGUUCCCGGAGCUCCUUAAAUACACAUGUUGUCCCGCUAAUAAUAAGCAGUGUCGGCACACACAGAAGUACGCAUCUUGCGCUAGAGCCAAGGAAGAAAAACAAUCCUUUCAGCACCAAAUAAAGGGGGGAAAUGAAAUCAGCGACCUGCAAACUCUAAUCGAUUGGUGGUCUAUGGAUCCUCCAAAGCCUUAG